CACUAGAGCAUAACAUGAAGCUCCAAAGUAGAAAUUCCUAAAUCUUUUCAUGUUUUCCAAAAUUUAAUUUCUAAUGGAAAUCUUUCCAAUGCUUUUUGUUUUCUCAGCAAUUAUCUUCUCCCUUCUAAGUACCUACACUACCAGUAUCCAAGACAUCAUUACCAUUAAUCCAAGAGUAUCAAUCAAAGAUGGAGGGAGUACCCUAGUUUCAGCUGGAGGAAGCUUCGAAUUGGGAUUCUUUAGCCCAGGUAAUUCGAAGAGUCGAUACGUGGGAAUAUGGUACAAUAACAUAUCUCCUCAGAAACUUGUAUGGGUGUGCAACAAAGAAACUCCCCUUACUGAUCGCUCGGGAGCUUUGAAUCUCACUAGCCAAGGAGUUCUCGUUCUGUUCAAUGGCAAAAAUAGUAUUAUCUGGUCAUCAUCCAACGAGACUUCAAGCAACAUAAGUAACCCAGUUGCUCAACUCUUGGAGUCGGGCAAUUUCGUGGUCAAAGAUGGAUCAGAGGAGGACUCAAAAGUUCUGUGGCAGAGCUUUGACUAUCCAAGUGACACCUUACUACCAGGAAUGAAGAUCGGAUGGGACUUAAAAACCGGCCUAAACAGGUUUCUGUCAUCUUGGAAAGAACCAGAAGAUCCUGCUCCAGGACAAUUUUCAUUCUCUUUAGAUCGUAGUGGGUGUCCCCAACUAGUUGUUAGGAAUGGUUCCAUAGCACAUUACAGGUUGGGGUCAUGGAAUGGCCUUGGCUUCACAGGAACUCCUCAACUUAGAUCUCAGAACCAGUUGUUCAAACUUGACUUUGUGUCAAAUGAGAAUGAAGUAUACUACAAAUAUGAGCUCCUGAGCAAUUCAGUUGAAUCAAGAUUAGUGCUCAACAGGUCAGGCGAUUUGCAAAGCUUCAUGUGGAGUGGCACAACAAAUAGCAAUCGCGUCAUUUUCUCAGCUCCGGCGGAUCAGUGUGACGCUUAUAACGUGUGCGGUGCAUUUUCUCUCUGCAGUGUUGAUUAUCCUCGAUUAUGUGCAUGCUUACAAGGUUUCGGACCAAAUUCUUCAACGUCCACCAGGUGUCUUCGUAGAACUCCAUUGAGUUGCAAUGAUUACCAAGAUGGCUUCAAGAAGUUCACAAGGGUGAAAUUGCCGGACACAUCUUCGUCCUGGUUUGACUUGACAAUGACCCUUGAGGACUGUGAGAAAGCUUGUUUGAAGAACUGCACUUGCACUGCUUAUGCAAAUUUGGAUGUAAGGGAAGGAGGAAGUGGCUGUUUGCUCUGGUUUGAUGAACUCAAUGACAUACACGAAUUUGAUACUGGUGGGCAAGACCUCUUUGUAAAGAUGGCUACCUCAGAAUUAGGUGACAUAAAGACAAACAAGAGAUCUAGCAUGAAGAAGCGGGUGGCUAUCAUAGUCAGCUUUGGGUUAUUAGUCAUGGGAGUGCUUAUACUAGGAUUGGUUUUCUACAUACGAAAGAAGAAAUUAACAGCCUCAGUAUAUAUGAAGAACAUCCAUGGAAACACUGAAGGUGGUAAUGAAGAUAUAGAGUUGCUAAAAUUUGAUUUGGGCACCAUAUCUAAAGCAACGGAUAACUUCUCAGACAAUUAUAAGCUGGGAGAAGGUGGUUUCGGACCAGUAUACAAGGGCACGUUGAAAGAAGGGGAAGACAUAGCAGUGAAAAGGCUUUCAAAAUGUUCUGGACAAGGAAUAAAAGAAUUCAUGAAUGAAGUAAUGUUGAUUGCUAAACUCCAGCACAGAAAUCUUGUAAAGCUUCUUGGUUGCUGCGUUGAAGGAGAUGAAAAAAUGUUAAUUUAUGAAUACAUGCCCAAUAGAAGCUUGGACUACUUCAUAUUUGAUGAUACAAGAAGUAAAUUGCUUGGUUGGGAUCAACGCAUCAACAUUAUUGGUGGAAUAGCUCGAGGCCUUCUCUAUCUUCAUCAAGAUUCUAGACUGAGGAUCAUCCAUAGAGAUCUUAAAACUGGUAAUGUUUUACUAGAUAAAGAUAUGAACCCAAAAAUAUCUGAUUUUGGGACGGCUAGAGCAUUCGUAGGAGAUCAAACUGCGGAAAAUACUAAGACCGUGGUUGGGACAUAUGGUUAUAUGUCUCCUGAGUACGUGGUUGAUGGACUCUUCUCAAUCAAAUCUGAUGUCUAUAGCUUUGGUGUCAUGGUAUUGGAGAUAGUGAGUGGGAAGAAGAACAGGGGAUUCAUUCAUCCAGACCACCAACUUAACCUUAUAGGACAUGUAUGGACUCUAUGGACUGAAGGAAGAUCAUUGGAAGUAAUGGAUAAGAAGUUGGAUGGCUCCUAUGCUCUAACAGAAGUGUCACGAUACAUUCACAUAGCUCUGUUGUGUGUGCAACAACAACCAGAAGAUAGACCAAACAUGGCAUCUGUGGUCCUAAUGUUGGGCGGUGAGGGAUCAUUGCCUGUGCCAAAGCAACCUGGUUUCUUCACUGAAAGGAAUCCGUUUGAAGCAGAGAACUCUUCAUCAAGCAAAUUGGAAUCCUACUCAAUAAAUGACAUGAGUAUAACAGCGUUAGAGGCACGAUAAAUUAUUAUUUCCUCGAAGCAGUGGUGGAAUACAGUUGAUGGAAAACCAUGGUUCGCUUUUCUAAAACUCUGUGUGUUAACUGUUAACCAUCUAAUAAUCUAUAUAUCUACUUGAACUGUGUGAGAAUACUAUUUACUGCUGAUCUUUUAUAAGUUUCAUUCACAAGUAAUUGAUCGAAAUAUAACAAAGAUUCAAUAUCAAACUGAGACAUCAAAUAUUGGUUCU